AUGACGGAAGGUUUGAAUGGUGCAAGUUUAUACAUCUGUAUAAAACAAUUUAACGCCAGAUUAGGUGAUGAAUUGGAUUUAAAAGUUGGUGAUAAGGUUGAAGUUUUAGCUGAUGAUUCAGAAUAUAACGAUGGUUGGUAUAUGGGUAAGAAUUUGAUUACCGAACAAGUUGGUCUAUAUCCAAAAUCUUUCACUCAAGUAUUAGCUAAUUCAGAACCUUCAACUGGUUUAUUAAGAUCUAGAUCUAGAAGGGUUAAUUCAGAAAAAAAUUUGAAUUCAAAAUUAAAUACAGCUACAUCAAAACCACAAGAAUCAAAUAAAUCACCUUUAUCUCCUAAAAUUAAUCAAUUAGCAGAAAAUUUUGAGAAAUUAUCAACUUCGAAUUCAAGUGUUAAUAAAAGAACUUCUUCCGGUCAAGUUCAUAAAACAAUGGAUGAUAUUGAUAAAGCUUUAGAAGAAAUGCAAACCGAUUCUUUAUCACCAAAUCAAUCAAAAUCAACCCCAAUUAAUCUGUCUCAUCAACGUAAUCCAAGUGCUCAAUCUUUAACUGAAGAUUUAAAUCCUUUACAUGCUAAUGAUUGGACACCUCAACAAGUAAGUUCCUAUUUUGCUAUUGUUUUAGGUUUUGAUUUAGAUGUUGCUGGUAAAUUUUCUCGUCAUAAAAUAACUGGUGAAAUUUUAUUUCAAUUAGAUUUAACUCAUUUAAAAGAGUUGGAUAUUGAUUCUUUUGGUACUAGGUUUGAAGUUUAUAAAGAAAUUGAAAAUUUAAAACAAAUUAGUUCAAGACUGAAAAAAUUUAAUAAACCAGUUGAUGAACUGUCAGAAAUUUCAGAAGAUGAUCCUUCUAAUGUUAAUGAUUCUAAAAAUUUUAAUAAUUCAUCUAAUUCUCCUUAUAAUAAUACUUUUAAUAAUGUUUCCUUCCCCCAUAAUAAUUCUGAUGAUGAUCAACUUUCUCGUCUGGCUCUGCGUUCUCAACUGCAACUGCAAUUACUUCCUUCUGUUUCAAUUGAUACCGCUACCCCAAAACCUUUAAGAACAAAUAGUUCUAUAAGACGUCAUCAACGUAAAAGAUCUCAAUCUAUGGAAAAUAUUCCUUUGGCUUCUGGUUUAUCUACUCCAAAACAAUCAAAUGAAUUAACCUUUAUGUCUCCUCGUAAAGCUCCUGAACCUCCUGCUCAAAGUCCUUUAAAUCGUAGUUUUAAAUUUGGUGAUGGUAAUAAAGAUAGUCAUGAUAGUCCUUCAAGUUCUUCUAAUGCUUUAUAUAUGACAAGAACUAACGCUUCAAAUGCUGGCUUAGGUAUUUCAAAUGUUAAUAAUGGUGGAUUAAGUAGACCGGCUUCUUCUGUUUAUGAAACUUCAGUUAUAAGUGAUGCAACUUCUCAAAAUAAAUCACGUAAUAUCAAUCGUGAUUCUCAUCGCAGAAAUUCAUCAGUUAUUUCUUCCAAUAAUCAUAGGCGUCAUUCGUCCUUAUUUUCCUUUUUAUCGGGUAAUAAUGAUGAUAAAGAUAAAGAAGUUCAACAAAGUAAAUAUCAAAGUCAAAAUAUUCAUCACGAUGAUGAUUUAAAAUCCCCAGCUAAAGUUAAACGUCAAUCCAAAUUUAUUCCAAAACAACCAAAUGAUUUAACUGGAUUUGGUGAUCCUGAUGAUUCAGAUGCUGAACCUGAAUAUGUUGAUAUUGAUAAUACUCAAUUCUCUCCUCGUAAAUCUAAAUCAGUUCGUGGAGAAAUUUCAAAUAAUAAACGGGAUUCUUCUAAAAAUUUAAAGGAUGAAAAAAGAUCUGCCUCAGAUUCAACUGCUUUAACUAAUAAUAAUAAUAAUACGGCUGCUCCAAAUUCAAAUGCUCCAGUGGCUACUCGUCUUAAAAAUUUAAGAACUGCUUCAACUCAAAAUUUCCGUAAUUUAACUGGUCUGAAAAAACUGAAAACUUCCGCUUUCCAAGAAGGUAUCAGAGAAGUUUCUCCUGAUGAUGCAAUUAAAUCAGCUAAUUUUAGCGGUUGGAUGUCUAAGAAAUCUGGUAGCACAUUAGGUUGGAGAUCACGUUAUUUUACUUUGCAUGGUACAAGAUUAUCAUAUUUUGCAUCAUUAAAAGAUAAAAAGGAAAAAGGUUUAAUUGAUAUAACGGCUCAUAAAGUUAUACCGGUUAAUACUGAAAGUGAAGCUAUUACAAGUUCUAACGAUAAAUAUGUUGCAUUAUAUGCUGCAUCAACUGGAUUUGGGCGUUACUGUUUCAAAUUAGUACCACCAGCUCCUGGUUUCAAAAAAGGUUUGACUUUUACUCAACCAAAAACUCAUUUUUUUGCAGUUGAAAGUUAUGAAGAAAUGAGAGGUUGGAUUAAAGCCUUGAUGACUGCUACUAUUGAUAUUGAUGAUUCGGUUCCGGUUGUUUCAAGUUGUUCAACCCCAACUGUUAGUUUACUGAAAGCUCAAGAAUUAUUAGCUAAAGCCAGGGAAGAAACCAAAUUAAAAGAUGAAGAAUUAAGAGCCAAAGGUUUUAUACGUGAUGGGUUUGAUGAUGAUUAUUCUGGUGUAAUUGAUUCCAGUGGUAAUUAUAAUAAUUUUUUCGGUAAUUCAACCGUUGAUAAUCAAAAUACAUCUAACGAAAACUCUCCAAUAGUUGAUUCUCUUGAUGAAACUACCAUGUCAUCGGUUCAACGUCAAAGUACUGAUAAACAACCUAAAUUGAGUAUUGAUACUAGUGUUAAAGGUUAUAAAAGUCCAUCUACUCCUCAAGUUUCAAAUGGUCAAAAUAACUCCAAUAAUAAUGGAGCUAGCCAUUCGGGAUUUGCCUCUCCUUAUCUCUUAGCGUCCGGAUUGUUGUCUCCUAAACUGGGACAUAGCUUUCCACCUUCAUCACCAAUUGGAACUCCAAAUUCAAGAGAAAGAAAACAACCCGAUUAUUUCAAUCAAGCAGAAACUGCCAGAACCGAUAGUAAGCUGAUUUUUUCAAGUAGUAACGGACGUGUUGUCAGUGGUAGUAAAAAAAAGGAUAAAAUGUUGGCUUACAGCAGUGAUGGAUCUGGUAAUCAUACUUUUGUUAUUAAAUCUAAAAAAUAG